GCUGGUCAAGCCGACAUUCAGACGUCCACGCACUUGAACACACACAGGAUACGGGCCUGAUCUACCUGCCUUCAGUAUGUGCUUGAGAGUCCUGUAUCUGGCUUCAGCUCUCAUCCUGGGGGCCACACUCACCAUCUCACUGGCAAACAGCACAGCACAGUGCAAAGUCAAGUGGUUGUUUGGCAUCUCAUGCAGUGAUGUCUAUGGAAAGCUGGUGAGCCAGAUCAAGGCCUGGCAGAUCAGACAGAGCUGUCUGUAUGCAGGGGAGACGUGCUCGUAUGAGCUUGUGUUGGCAGAUCCUUACCUGAUCAAAGCCAUGCACACAUCUCCCAGAACAAAGAAAGUGAACGACCUUCAGUUUCUCCUGGAGCAGUCCACCAUUUGCAAAGUGACUGGCGAGGCAGUGUCUGAGCUUUCCAAAUAUCUGGCUGACGACAACACAAACUACUGCAGCCUCCAGAACCUGAUGAACGGAAGUGACCUGGUUGUUGCUGAGGGAUACAAACAGUACACCAACAAGUGGAUCUGCCCUGGGUUUGAUAGUGCAAACUGCACCUUAUCUUAGGCUGAGAGCAGAUAC